AUGCAAAAGCAACAGAAGCCACCCACAAACCUGGAUACGAUCCACAUCGAGAGCGUUGUAGCCCAAGUGGCCUUCUGGGACAUUGGCUGCUCUUUUACCAAAUUAGAAGCGGUUCAUGAUGAGUCGAAAGUAGUGAAGAUAACGAGCCUUUCUGAGUGUGCAAGCCAGCUAGCAUCCAAGCCCAGAAUUGAGGUAUUAUCCCUGAAUCCUACUUAUGCUACCAUAGACGUGCAUCCAUUGCAGCCAUGGGUUCUAAUUACGACAUGUGAGGCACCUGGCAUUGAAAUUUGGAACUACAAGACCAGGGCAAAGUUGGACCUGCCUUAUAUGCUUCCGCCGAUAGAAGAUGUGACGGUGGCCAAAUUUAUUGCACGCAAGCAAUGGUUUGUGGCCGGAGAUGAGGAUGGUUACAUUCAUGUGUAUUGCUACAGGGCAAUGCAGCAACUCACGUAUUUUCAAGCUGACGUACAUGGCAUAACGGACUUGGAAGUUCAUCCAACCGAGUCAUAUGUCCUGUCAGCUUCUUUGUCCGAGGGAAAUGUUAAGUUGUGGGACUGGGAAAAGGGCUGGGAAUGCACUCGAAUAUUUAAGUUUGUUGACUUUGACCCUGUCUAUGGAGUCACCUUUUUAAACAUAAAGGAUACGGAUACUUUUGCAGUUCAUGGCGGUGGCGGAAUAAUAAAGAUUUGCAGUCUUCGUUCUUCUGAAUUCAUAUUGUCAGAAUAUAAAGAUCCAGGUUUUAUAGCUUGCUUCGAUAUCUUUGCUAAUGGUGACCAGCUAUACUUGAUUACUGUUAACCCUGAUGGGACUGUCAAGAUUUGGAGCAUGCACACACAGAAUCUUGUUGAAACAGUCAAAGACGCACAUUUUAGUCCAGUGAACGCAAUCUGUUCCGAUCCCGAGCAUGCAGUACUAGUUACUGGUUCAGUUGAUGGAACUGUUUGUCUAUGGAACCCAAAUACCCUCAGUUACAGGGUAGUAAUUGCACACGAGAACGGAUUGGCAAUGAUAGAAAUGGACGGAAAUGAUCCAGUUGUUGCUAACACUGGAAGCAGCAGUAAAGUAGAAAAUGAUUUGGUCGGCUCAAGAAAAAGAAAACGACCAGAGGAUGACCGGGCGGAGAUCAAAAAUGAAGAAAACGAUUUUAUACAUUCUGUCACGGAUACUGGUAAUGUGGCAGAGCAGAUGCAGGGCAACGGACAGACGGAUGAAGAGAUGAACUCUGUCUCCAGUAAGCUGCUCGGCGUUUACCCCGGGAAGCUUCAGCUACCAUUUAAGGCCAAUCAGCUGACCUCUUGUUCACUAAAGCUGACUAACACGACAGAUGACCACGUUGCUGUUAGGCUUCUGACAAAGUGCCCCAAGAGGUACAUAGCAAAGAUGCCACUCUGUUGCAUCGUGCCGCCAAAGUGCAUCUACACACUCAUAGUGACAGUUAGCGAUCAGAAGAAGAGAUCCCAGCUGAGCAGUGACGAGUUUCUCACCCUAGAGAGCACCAUUUGCUUGGAACAAGAUAUUGUUGGGCUGCAGAAUGCUAAUCUAAACUCAGAAGCCAUCGAGUUUAGCAAUUUUUUUAAACAAGCGAAAGACAUGGCAGCUGAUAAGGUGUAUGAGCUAAAGUUAAGUGUUGUUUCUAACCCACUAAAAGAGACAACCUCUGUUAAGGUUGUAUCCAAUAGGAAGUUUUCACAUGUGCUGUCUCUAGACGCACAUCCGACGGAACCAUGGAUUCUGACGACCAAUCAAGCAGGAGAGGUUGCUAUUUGGGACUACCAAGUGCAGGCCAUAGCUAAAUCCUUUGACUUCACACAGAGACCAGUUUACUCUGCUAAAUUCAUUGCGCGAGAGGAAUGGAUUGUCGCUGGCGAUGGCUAUGGGAUGAUCUAUGUAUACAAUUACCAUACAAAGGAAGAAGUUACAAGCAUCGAAGCUCAUGAUAGUGAUAUCACGUCUUUGGAUGUGCAUCCCACUGAUUCUCUUGUGCUCUCUUCGUCCGAGGAUCACCUGAUAAAGCUCUGGAACUGGCGGAAGAAGAACUGGAAGUGUAUUCGAACGUUUGAGGGACACUCCGACAGAGUAAAACACGUAAAUUUUAACCCAAUGGACACCAACAGUUUUGCAACUGCAUCUUUGGAUCACACAAUCAAGAUCUGGAACAUUUCUUCUCCUGAGAGCAAAAUUACAAUGUCUGAUCACCCGGACGGCCUGCUUUGUGUUCACAGUUACACAAUUGAUAUGAGGCAAUAUUUGAUCGCCGGAUCAUGGGAUGGGACUGCACAAAUAUGGGACAUGGAGACGGGAAGACUUGUUCAAACGCUCAAAGGGCAUGUACGUCAUAUUAGUUGUGUCUACCAUCACCCAGAACUUCCUGUAGUAAUCACAGGUUCACAUGAUGGGACUGUUCGUUUAUGGAACUCCACUACCUACAGGCUCGAAAGUAUAGUUGGUAUUAACCUUGGUGUAGUUCAUGCUCUUGGAUAUAUCAAAGACUUAAGAAGGAUUGUGGUUGGUUGUCACCAAGGAAUAGCCAUUAUGGGAUUGAACUACAGUUAA